AGACUCAUACCGUGACCCAUCCUAAAUGGCAGCCAUCGGCAGCGCAAGCACAUCUGCAGACUCAUGGGAUCAUCCAACAUUCUCAGAUCCACAGAGUUCUGCUACGUAUAUAUCACGGCGCAAAGUGCCCACCCAGCACGUUCCGGAUGACUGGGAUAACGAUGACGACGACGACGAACCUGAAAAUUCCAAGGUUUGGGAUGAUGCAAAUAAGAAUGAACCUAUGCCAGACCUCAUUAUCUCACCCUCGAGCACUGGUCAACCGCUGGUAUCGCCCCCACUAUCAGUAUUUCAAUCACCCAUGCGAAUUCUAAAGCGCCCGUCGCCUGUAUCAGGCUCUUCUAUUACAUCCAAUUCUUCUCAAGAUUCAUACUCAUCUCGCCACACUCUCGCAGAACGAGAGGCACAAUACAAAGCGGCACGAGAUCGCAUAUUCGGUGGAAGUACUCAGGCUGGCGAUGGAGGAAUCGUUGCUGACUUCGAUGGGUCGGAGCAUUUGGAUGAUGGGAAAGCUAAGAGGAACGGGAGUAAAGCUGAGAAAGAAACGUCAAUCACUGUUGUGCGCAACCCUCUUGGGCCUUCUGACGCAGAUUCGUCUAAUGUGGCCGACAAAAUCACCUCUGCCAAGGGCUUCGGUGGCAGAAGGAGUGGUAAGAAACCUGAAUCGACAUUUGCGGCCCUUGGAUGAAAAUAUCCUCGGCCUAACAUUCUUUUGUAUCUUUGUGGAAUCAUUUUAAUGAUAACCCCUUGUAAGUUUUGACGUUCAUCUUCGUAGGUUCAGGUUGUUUGUGUACUUCAUACCCGGGAUUUGGCUUGAAGAAAUUAACCUUUAGAUGA